AGGAUUGUCUAAAGACAACAAUGGCGAAGAAGAAAGAGCUGUUAUCAAAAGCACCAUGGAGAGGCGACGACGAUGAUGAAUCUGAUAAGUUUAGCAACGCAAAGCUUAAAGUCACCAAAGAUUCUGAUGGUAUGUCGAAGAUGCACGUUCCUAGUCGUGGAACCAAAAAGGGAAGUCUCGCUGAUGAUGAUGAUGAUGAUUCACUUGAGAUUGAUCCUCAGCUUCGUUACAGCUUCAAUCGCAACUAUCAGUUCCUGCAAAGUGUAUUCACUAUAGACACUUUGGUGAAGCCUCUCCCUCCUGCAAUGGCAUUCAACGUCUCUCGCAACUUGAGCUUCUUCACCCGCAUUUUCACUCAGUUCUUUGAUCCUGAAGGCAUUGCAAAUGCACAGAAGUCUCUGGGGUUGGGGCAGGAAGAUAAAGCGCGCCGUGUUCGUUGAAAUACGACCAUCUUUCAAGCUUGUGAAUGAAACCAGCACUGUUAGAUUGAUUAAAAUAUGUCCUCAAAGAGAUGUUUUGUAUGAAUUUUCGUAAGUACAAUGAAAUUUCCAAGUUCCA